UGUGUGUGUGUGUGUGUGAGCGGUAUUUCUAAAUUAUGUCCCUAACAGCUCCUCAUAUGUGUGACUCUUCUUGAGGAAACCUCAUCAGAAAAAGACACUUUUUUUCCGGGACGCUCUGAAAAAACUUCUGGAUUUCCGGAGAAAGCGCUGAGAGAUGCCGGAGGUCGUCGGGAACGCUGCGCUCUGAUUGGACGAGUUUUCUGAGUUUCUCUGAGAUCCGACACGUGGAUUUAUGGAGAUGUGGAUAUUUUUAUUUUUCACGAUUCGGCUCGAAUCCUCGGAUCUUGGACCGUUCGAACAUUACUGACUGCAAAGCAUCAUGGGAGAUAUACACCUUCCCUCGUUAACACACUUCCUUUACGUGCACGUUUCUUUAUUUCUACACCCCCCUUUAGACCAGCUGGAGCUCUAACCCCUCCAUGACUGCAGAGCUUCCUGUCACACUGACACCCUGCGUAUUUAAAGGCGAUUGUUCAACUUCUUCCUGCAUAAACACACUUUUGUGAGGCUUAAUAUUUAGUUUUUAUGCACAUUUUUCUCUUUGCAUCCACGUUUGGAGCACCAGGAGCCCUUCCUCCUCUACGCUGAUGACAUAGUUUCUUCUCCAUGCUACACUUUUAAAAGGAUUAUCUGACCUGUUUUAAGACAAUUAAACCAGUUUUGGUGCGCAUUCUCCUCUCCUUACCCACCUCUGAGGACCCUCUGCAGCCAUGUUGUUGCCGGGCGGAGGAGCUCGGGGCUGCCUGUCUCUGCUGCGCUGGAUGGGGGUCCGGCUCUGGUCCCGGCGGGGCCCCCUGCUAUUCGCCCUGCUGUGGUUUGGGUCCUGGUUGUUCCUGAACGGCUUGGUCCUGGUGCAGCGGAGCAUCCUGUCCGACUUCUGCACCGAGCAGCGCAGCCGGCAGAUCCUGAGCCGACUGUGCGGUGAGUUCAGGGACGGCUCGGUGUCCGGAGACAUGUGCUCUGACCUGUGUGAGCUCGGCCUGCUGCAGUUCAGACGCUGCCUCUACUACGAGAAUGGGAAGAAGGUGAUGGAGGCCGAGUGGAGAGGAAGCCCCGUCAUCCUCAAGUCCAAGAUGGAGAACUUCUCCUCCUACGAGCCGCUCAACAUCCUCGAGUACCAGGACACGGCGGAGGAGCUCUCCGCGAUGGACGUGGUUCUCUACGCCACCAUGGAGGUACGGAACUCUCUGGGUCUGACGGAGGAAGAGGAGGAUGAAGAUGAUGAUGGAGGAGGAAGAGGAGGAGGAGGAAGAGGGGGGAGGAACGUUUCUGUGUCGAAGCUGUGGGGGGAGACGGUGAGGAAAAGGGGGAGGAGUUACUCCAGAGCUGAGCUGUCUUCCCUCUGGGCUCUGCUGCAGCAGGAGGAGUACACCUUCCUCAGGGUCCUGCAGGAUCUGAGCCCCCACGUGGCCCGGGUCCUGGGCUCCUGCGGUCACUUCUACGCCGUGGAGUUCCUGUCUGCGGGUCACGCCUGGAACCAGAACCUGUUCGCUCUGGAAGAGGUGGGGGGGCCCCGGGGCCUCUGGAGUGUGCGGGAGAAGGUGAACCGCAUCGCCCUCAGCUUCCUGCACAUGGUGAGGCACUUUGAGCAGGACUUCACCCACAAACUGCACCUGUGUGACAUCAAGCCGGAGAACUUCGCCAUCCGGAGCGACCUCACGGUGGUGGCGAUCGACGUGGACAUGGCGUUCUUCGAGCCGAAGAUGCGGGACAUCCUGGAGCAGAACUGCAGCUCCGACGACGACUGCAACUUCUUCGACUGCUCGUCACGCUGCGAGACCGGCAAGCAACGCUGCAGCGCCACCCGCAGGAACUCCAACCUGCAGGUAAUCUGUGAGAAGAUUUUCCGGCCCUGGUUUUCCCCGACGCUUCUCGGAGCAAAAGCCGGCCUCCCUCUGCAGGUGGAGCUGCAGCGGGCGGUGCAGGAGUGUUCAGAGACCGAUGGAGGGGAGGAGGAGGAGGGAGGAGGAAGAGGAGGAGGUGAGGACGUUCUUCAGCGUCUCCUCAGCAUCCUCACCCGUCUCCUGCAGGAGGGGGGAGGCUCUGCAGAGGGAGGAGGAGGAGGAAGAGGAGGAGGAGGAGGAAGAUGGGAGGAGAAAGAUCAAGUCCACACGUCGCUCAACUUCUGAGGUGGAGGGGAACCGUAACGCUGAAUCAGGAGGAAGAAACAAUGUCCUGUUUGGGAUUUCUAUCCCCAACAACAUGAAGGGCAUCCCAGAAAAAUAGACCCUCACAGACGCUGUUUACGCCGGUGCUGGUGGGAAAUAUGGAUUCAGGUCUAAAAAGGAUCGGAAACAGAUCAAAAGUCCUGAGAAAGACGGACCAUUUCUGUGACAUAUUGACAGGGAUUGUGUGCAAAACGUGCAGGAAGCAGUAGAUGUUUAACUGGAAUAAAAAGACCCUCAUGGAGGAAGCACUGACCUUUGUUUCUGCAGGGGCUGAUGGGAAAUAUGGAUCAUGUUGCAGCUCCAAUAAGGAUCAGAAUCAGAUCAAUAUUCCUGAGAAAGACGGACCAUUUCUGUGACUUUUGUGCAAAGAUACGAUCAUUUAUUGACGUUGUGCAACAGGAGGUUGUGCAAUGAAAUGCAGUUAAAGCUUCAUCAGACGGAGGAAAUAAAAACUGUGUUUUGCCUCUUUGCUCCCGUGCUGCAGGAAACAAUUCCCAGUUUGCAGCUGAUGGUUAGAACUGGGUUUUAACAACGUGCAUUUUGGGGAUUUCUGCAGAAACGUUUAAAUACUUACAUGCUGUCUCAGAGUAAUGUAGACGUGUCUUUCCUGUCAAUAGAUGAAUAAAUGUUAACAGGAAGUAGAGUUGAUUACUAACAUGUGUACAGAGCAUCUGCUGAGUGUCUCAUGCAUGUUGUUAACAUGACUUAUUUAUAACAAAUGGAAAUUGGUUUUGUCGCUACGUCUGAGAAUAAUAAAGAUAAAUAAAAUGUAAUAA